CAUCCUGGGUUUGGCGUGUCAGGGAUCAAAGGUUUCCUUUCUGACGGGUGGGCACUAGGGCCCAGAGUUCCCUCGGGCUUUGGUGAAGUUGGGCUCGGCUGAGGGCCUGGUGCGCCGGGAGUGGUCUUCCCAGAGAUGCUGGGGGAAGGGGCGGAGCUAUGCCCAAGGAUGGGCCGCCGGCCGCCGUCAGGUCUGUCGGGGCUGUCGCUGUGGGAAGGGCCCACGGCUCCAGGAGAAAGCAGAGCUAGCCUCGUGGCGGAGAAGUAGCCCAGCUGGCCCCAGGCGGUAAGACUAAGGGGUCGAAGGACUGGAAGCAGAGCCUGGAACCAAACCGUCAAGCCAAGGCCUGGGUGCUUGCUAGCUAAAAGGGUUAAACGGUAUCCAGGACAACGGGCCAGGAAGCGCGCAAGACGUCCGCCGCAGGUGUUUUGAGAGUUAACUCUUCACUGGUAACAUACGACAGUAAUAUAGUUAUGGCAACUUUCCAGCCUUUCAGAAACAGCCACAUGAAGACUAGAGCAUCUGUCAAAAAAAGUUUCAGUGAAGAUGUGUUCCAAUCUAUAAAGUCAUUAUUACAGAGUGAGAAGGCACUGUGCAGCGUAUCAGCAGAGGACUGUUUAAAGCAGGACGAAAAUGCCAAUUUAUCUGAGGUCACAUUUCUGGGUUUUAAUGAAGAAACGGAUGCUGCUCAUAUACAGGAUUUAGCUGCAGUUUCUUUGGAACUUCCAGAUCUUCUGAAUUCACUCCACUUCUGCAGUCUAAAUGAAAAUGAAAUUAUUUGUAUGAAGGAUAUAAACAAAUCAACAGAUGUAAGUGAUGAUACUCUAAAUCAGAGUCAUCACUCUGGUAUGCUUUGUGUCAUGAGAGUGUCACCUCCAUUACCAAGACUCAGAAUUGAUUUUAUCUUCAGUCUCCUAAGUAAAUAUGCUACCGGUAUUAGAUACACCCUGGACACAUACUCACAUCAGAAGCAUCAGCUUGAGACUGCUAAUGAAGAUGACGAUGAUACCAACCAGUCCGUGUCAUCCAUAGAAGAUGAUUUUGUCACUGCUUUUGAGCACUUGGAGGAAGAAGAGACUUCAAAGCUGUAUAAUGAUGGAAUAAGCAUUACUACGCUAAGGAGUCAGUGUGAUGCUGCUUCUCAAACUGUUUUUGGUCACCAUUUAGAAACUCAUGAUUUGAGAAUUCUGGCUAACUCUGGACAGCAGAAGUCAUUGGCCAAACCUUCAAUUUCUUCAGUGAAUGUUCUAGGACAUAAAGAACUCCCUUCAGUGAAAACGUCAGUCACAACAUCAAUUUCAGAGCCUUGGAUCCAAAGGAGUUUCUAUAGGUCAUCUAAUGCUUCAGGUAAAGGUAGUGAUUCACAGAAAACUUUUUUUUCUUCUUCUCCUGCCUACUCAUCUGAAUCAGAAUGCUCAAGCCCAAGUCCUGUUAUUUUUUUGGAUGAAGAGGGAUACCAGAAAAGUUUAAAAGCAAAACUUGAGCUGCCUAAAAUUCCUGUGAUGAAAGAUGAUAUAGAGGAUUCAGACUCAGAAGUAAGUGAAUUUUUUGAUAGUUUUGAUCAGUUUGAUGAACUAGAACAAACUUUAGAGACUCCUUGCCUACUCAUUAAAGAUCCUAUCAUAGGGAAAUCAUUGCAAAAGAAAGGGCACAAACAUGGAAAAUCUUGUAUGAAUCCUCAAAAGUUCAAGUUUGAUUGUCCAGCUCUCCCAGCUAAUGUUAGAAAGCCAACUCCUCGUAAACCAGAAUCUCCAUAUGGUCACCUGUGCGAUGCUCCGGAUUCUCCUCGCCCAGUGAAGGCAUCUGGGGAGGAUAGUGGGUUGUUUAGCCCUAUUCGAUCCUCUGCUUUCAGCCCUCUUGGCAGCUGCACUCCUGCUGAAUGUUUUUGCCAAACAGAUACUGGUGGAAAUAGGAUUCAUGAAAAUCAUGAUUCUGUUUAUUACACCUAUGAAGAUUAUGCCAGUAGCAUUUCAUGUGAAGUACUAGGCUCAGUUCUUCAUACCCAGCAUACUAAUGCAGUGCCAGAUAGUAAUAGCAGUAACAGGGGAGAAAAUAAAACCAUAGUACUUAAGCAUGGAAAUCUUUAUCAAAAAGGAGAAUCUAAAAAUAAAUCCUUAAUGAUUAAAGAUAGCAUUCAGAGAUUUGCUGCAGAUCUUGUGGAAAAAAGUUUUGGCAGUGCAUUUAAAGACUUGCAGAAAGGAGUCUCUUCAUGUACUAAUGCGUUGUGCCACUUAGCCAUCAAAUUGACAUCAUCUGUUUUUCAGUUGGCAUUUAAUGAACUGAGGAGUCAGUGUGCGUUUUCACUGAAGCAACGAGCCAUUAGUGGCCUGGCAAAUUUUUUGGUGAGUGAAGCUUUUGCAAAUGCCUUAAAAGAUUUACAGUAUGUAAAGAAACAGAUAUUUACAAACACAGUUGCUAGGUUUGCUGCAGAUCUUGCUGAAGAGCUUGUUUUUGAGGGCAUCAUGGAAGUAUGUCAGUUUUCAUAUCCUCCAACACCUGCAUCUCCACAGGGUUGCUUGUUUGACUUUGAAGACAAAGUAGUGAAGUCAUAUGCAAAAGAUUUGUCUGAAUCUGUAAUACAGGAAGCAUUCAUAGAGCUAUCACAAGUUAACGUGACCUUCACAACAAAGGCAGCAGUUAGUGUUUCUCCGGAUAACAUUAAGUAUGUCAGUGCAGAAAGUGUAGUGCCAUCAACACAGACCUUCACGUUUUCUCCUUUUAACAAUCAAGCAAUUAUGGUGACAAAACCAGUGCGGGACCAUAAAAAAGAAUUCACGGUGCAGCAGGCCUUGUUUUGUACUUCUGGCAUUGUUACUUCUAUACCAGUGCCCUUGGCAGGAAGUGCCCUUCUCCCAUAUCAUAUCUCACCUACUGUAUAUCAGGCAGAGUCUCCUCUGUCACCUGAUGGUAGUAAUUCCAAUGGUGAUUCUACCCAAGUGCAUGUUACCAUGAAAAACGAAGAAGAGGAAGAGGUAGCUUGUCUCAGAAAUAGUUCUUUACCUUCAGAACACAGUCCAAGUAACCAGAAUAAUUUAAAACCAACUAUUGAUGAUAUUGAAAUGCGAAGAUCUUCAAAAUUAACAAGCAAUCCUGUAAUUAUUAGCAAUUUUUCUGCAGCAAUGGUGAAUACAAUAGUAAAUGAAACUUUAGAGUCAGUGACAUCAUUUGAAGUUACAAAAAUAGUUGAUGAAGAUAAGGAUUAUUUAACUAAAACAAAAAAGAGAAAAACCUCUCCUAUUGUAUCUCACUGCGAUCGAGCUACGCUGCAUCAGAGCGAGCCUAGCAGUAAGGACAUGUUUGCUGACCGGUUAUCUAAAUCUGUUAUUAAACAUUCCAUAGAUAAGAGCAAAUCAGCAAUCCCAAAUGUACAUAGAAAUGCAAUGUACAAGGAAGGCUUUCCUGUUCCUGGAGAAGAAUCACAGUUGACCAUGGAAAAGUUCCCCAGAUUUCUUGACUCUCAAAAUCACUUGACUCACUAUUCUGUUUUGGAUGGGAAGGAUUGUGUUUCAGAAUGUAAAAGUUCUGUGGCUCAUGGAUUUUCUUCAGAGACACUACCACCUCCAACUGCAACAAAUCAGAAACCUUAUUUGAAAGAACUUACUAAAGACAAAUCAGUGAAAAAGCAUCCUUUGACUAAUACAACACUUGAGUCUUUAUCUUUUGGACAGGAAAGUGCCAUUCCUCAGUCACAUACUUUGUCAUCUGCAGUGCUUACCUGCGUUGAUGGUUUGCAUGUAGAAGAUAAACAGAAAAUCAGAGACAGAAAUGUAAUACCUGAUACUCCUCCAUCAACUCCUCUAGUGCCAUCCCAGACUAGUUCUGAAUGGGAUAUCAAGAAGUUAACCAAAAAGCUGAAGGGGGAAUUAGCCAAAGAAUUUUUACCUGCUACACCACCUUCUACACCUCACAACUCAUCUGUUGGUGGUUUGUCUGAAAGUGAACAAAAUACUAUAGAAAAGGAAGAGUUCAUGUUGAAACUCAUGCGCUCUCUUUCAGAAGAAGUCGAAAGUAGUGAAAAUGAAGAGCAUUCAGAAAUAGAGAUGAACUUGGAGCACUCAAGGAGGAAAGUUCAGUUUGCAGAAACGUUAGCUACGCAUAUCAUUUCUCUUGCAACUGAGAUGGCAGCUUCCCAUUUAGAUAAUAAAAUAGUUCAAGAACCUAAGGUUGAAAGCCCUCACUCAAAUGUGCAAAGUCAAAGAAGUGUAUCACCUUUUUUAAAUGACUCAGGUGAAUAUUUACAAACCUUGUGCAGUUUUGCAAGUGAUAUGGCAGCAGAAGUCAUUACAGAAGCCGAGAAAAUAGCGAAAGUUAAAAGUGGUGUGCUUUUCAGGCAAAGGAAGAGCAUUUGUUAUGUUGAUGGUGACCAAGAGUAUACGUCAGAAGAGAAUUUGGAUAUAGAGACUGUAGCACACCCAAGAGAAGUUGACCCAUUUCUUCUUUCAUUACCAAGUUCUUGCUUGUCAGGUCUGACAUAUAAGUAUCCCAGCUGUGAAAGUGUGACAGAUGAAUAUGCAGGUCACGUUAUCCAAAUACUGAAACAGGAAGGUGGGAAUAGCGAGCUAAUAAUGGAUCAGUAUGCCAAUAGACUCGCUUAUCGAUCUGUUAAAUCAGGAUUACAAGAAGCAGCUAAGACAGCCAACAUGAAGUACACCUCAAAAAAGUUUCCUGUGCAAAGCUCUCGGGUGAAUGGAGACAAAGAACUGUUAAUGUGCUCAAGUAAAGAGCACCAGAGAGAUGUGGAUAAAAAAAGACAAAGUAAAAGAAAUGGAGAUUACCUUUUUAACACUCAAACUUGCGAAAGGAAGCAGGAUACAUACAGAAAUAAGUCCUCUGAACUAUAUAGUUUUUCAGCCUCUCUUGCUCACAGCAUAACAAAAGAUGUUAAAAAAGAGCUGACAGCAUCUAUGGUUGUCUUGCCAAAGUCCUUAACAGAUUCUUGCCUUUAUGAAAAAUCUGGAUGUGGUAAAGAUGCUAAGUAUCACAUUGAACCAGAAUUUCCCAAGUCUCUCCAGCCUUCUUCACAAAAUCACAGGUUUUCCCACAGUACAGACAGCUUAACUGGAUGUGGUUAUGGAGGGAAUGUUCAAACUAUAGAAAAUUUUGCUAAAAAAGUAGUGGAUGACACUUUAGAGCUAAGUUUAGGAUCUGCAGUUUUCCAAAUGUCUGAGACCACAAAAUCAGCAGAUAGGAUCACUUACGCAGAAAAGUUGUCACCUCUUAUAAGUCAAACGUGCAAAUAUUGUGCCCUUAAAGAACUCCAUGAUUGCACCGGAAAUUCAUCUCAGCACUUUUUCAGACAAAGUUCACUUGCUAGUAAUAAGCCAGUUUCUAAUCCAAAAUUUGGCAACAUCUAUCAGAAAUCUAGAAUUUUUCAUCUUGAUGUCCCUCAAAUUCAUGUUAAUCUUGAUAAGAAGUCAGUACUUGCUGAGAAGAUAGUUGCUGAAGCUAUUGAAAAAGCAGAGAGAGAGCUGAGCAAUACCAGCUUGGCAGCUGAUAGUGGAAUUGGACAGGAUGGUGUUAGCUUUGCUGAGAGCCUUACCACGGAAAUAAUGACAUCAGCCAUGACAAAUGUUGGACAUGCUGUUAGCAGUUCAAAAGAAGUAGAGGACUUUCAGUCAACUGAGUCUUUUGGUAGCCAGCAGAUGAAUCUCAGUAUCGGUGAUGACAGUACUGGUAGCUGGUCCAAUCUGAGUUUUGAAGAUGAACACCAAGAUGAAAGCAGCAGCUUUCACCAUCUAAGUGAAAGCGAUGGACCAGAUGAUAAAGAUGAAGAGCAUGAGGAUGAUGUACAAG